CCCGAGGUAGAGAACAGUCAAAAAGAAUCGUCGAUUGUAAAUCGGCAUUAACGGUGGUGUGCAUAGCGUACGAUUGUUUGAAUUAAAAAUUAACAAAACUAGUGAAAAUCGUUGAAAUGAAGUGGAAGAUCGCGCUGUUUGCCCUAGUCGGUCUGGUGGUCGCCGCAAAUGCGGAACCGAAAAAAGCGUGUGGGGAAAAGGACCAGAUGAAAUGCGCCGAAGACAAAUUGAUCAACGUUAUGGAUAAAAUCAACGAACAAGAAUCGAUAAAAAUCUACGGCGACAUGGUUACCAUGAAAAAAAUACCCGUGCAAACCGUCGAGGAGGGUGGCGACCAGUCGGAAACCGAUCCCCUCCUCAGCAAAGUCGACAGGUUUUUGAAGGAAAGAAAAAUACAGAUAAAUUUCCCCAGCGACGGUUCAUCGGCUGAUUUUUUCGGAAGAGCUCUCGGCGAGAAGGAAGUUGAUUUUGAACUCAGGAGUCUCGCUCAAGGCGCUUCGGAAGGUCGUUCGAAGCUGAAAAAAAUCCUGAUCCCCGUGCUACUGGCCUUGAAACUGAAGGCAAUGAUCGUUUUGCCGAUCGUCAUCACUCUCAUCGGUCUGGUCGGAAUCAAGGGUUUGGGCACCGGACUCGCCGCUCUCCUGAUAUCGGGCGCUGUAGCCCUGAAGGCUCUUUUAACGCCGCCCCCUCUGCCCCCGAGAGUCAGCUACGGGAUCAUAAAACCCCACGACGUUCAUCACGAUCACUGGCAUAGAUCGCAAGAGGAGAUAAGCCAGCCCUACAGAGGGUGGACGCCCGAGUACAACGACCAGUUUCAGGGCUAUCAAGGUUACCAGGGUAUUCUUCCGUGAGCUAUCCGCUCAUCUCCAGCUCCGACUCGAACGGACGAGCUGAAUUCUUCAUGAAUCGUUGUAUUGCCAAAUGUUGAUUAUUUUUUACUCUUUAUUUAUUGACUUAAGUUAUGCGUAUUUAUUGAUGUAUCAAUAAUAAAGACGAUCGUUAUUUCGA